AUGAAGCACCCCAGACUACUCACAUUUGCUUUUCUCAUCUUCACCACGAGUAAUGUCUUGGCCCUACAAGCACUAAGCCUGCCUACCAAUCCAGCUCCUCCAGGCCCGCCAACAAUCGCUACAGUACCCGGGUGGACCUACCGAGGCUGCCAUACUGAUCAUAUAACUGACAGAACUCUGACUGGGAAAAAGUGGACGGGAAAGCUUACGCCAAGGCAUUGUGCAAUUAUCUGUAGUGGAUACAGAUAUUUCGCCUUGGAAAGUAGUAACGAAUGUUACUGUGGGAACACCGUCGCUCAUGCCAGUAUACCCACGCCAGACCAUUUCUGUGCCAACGUCUGUAGUGGAAACCAACAGUCAGUCUGUGGAGGUAUCAAUGUGCUUAGUCUGUAUGAGUCGAAUAAGUUCGCCUCGAUUGCUUCCCCCUCAAUCCGACUCGUCUCAUCAAAUUCGACGAUCAACUCCUCAAACCCAGCUCCCUCAAAACCCCCUACUCCACCCGCGCCACCGGAAGUAGUCAGAGUACCGGGUUGGACUUACCGAGGCUGCUGGACCGAUGAUCCGCACGACAGGACGCUCACUGCGAAGACUCGGAAGGGCUCUAUUACACCGGAGAAGUGUGCUCAGCUUUGUAGAGGAUAUACCUUUUUUGGUUUGGAGUAUUCAAAUGAGUGUUACUGCGGCAACUCUUUGUCUUAUGGCACCACAAGAGUCUCAGAAAAUCAGUGCUCAAGAGUUUGCAUGGGGAAUUUUAGGUGGAUCUGCGGAGGAAGCGGUACGCUCAGUUUGUACGAGGUCGAGCAGCCUGAGACUGCUGUUUCUUGA